UUGUCCUUCAUUCACAGCUUGUUGGCAGAAUGGACAUUAUGGCAAGCAAGUACCUGUAUCAGUUUCGUUUUCGUUUCUGCUAAAUAUAACUCUUUGCUAUAGCUGGAAGCAGGUAGUGUCUCUGAUUUUUAUCAUCUCGAUACUGUAGCCUGCCUUAUCUGCCGCCGACUGUAAAAUGAGCGCUUCUGUCACAACAGAUAUGGAAGUGAAGCUGAAAGCACUCGAGUGUCACUUUACAUGGGGAAUAGAAAAGGAUGACAUCAAGGACCGGGACAGCCUCCCUGAAAAACUUCUGGAUCGCAUCAUGAAGUUCAGCACUCUGAACCAUGCCACAUAUUUCAACUUACUAGCCUUUCUGAGCCACCUGGAGGAAAACAAUGUUAGUGCUCUUGAGUAUCUCCACAAGGCUGAGAGUGCAUUGAAGAAUAGACAGGAUGAUACAGAGUUACUGGUAACCUAUGCUAACUUUGCAUGGGUUCACUAUCACUCAGGGAACAUGAAUGAUGUGGAUGCCUACAUUGGAAAGCUGGAAAACAUCAAUAAGGGUGUUACGACUGCUAUUCAAGGCAGUUUACCUUCAAUACAUGGUGAGAAGGCUUGGAGUUUUCUAAGGCUUGGGGGGCUAUUUUAUUUGGAGGCAAACGAGAGCUUUCAGAAAGCUCUUAAGGAAGAACCAGACAAUGCAUCCUUCAACGUGGGCUAUGCCAUGAUCCUGUACAGGUUUGAGGGGUUAGCUAGGAAAGGAAAUGUGAGGUUGGCGCAUACUGAAGGUGCUACUCAGCUAAGGAAAGCCUUAUCCUUAGAGCCCGAUAACACUGAAAUCAUGGUCCUGCUAGCCCUGCAGCUUCAAAAGCAAAGUAGACAUGAGUCCAUGAAACUCAUCAAAGAGGCCCUCAGACUGUCUCCUGACGUACCUCUUGUCAUUCGUUAUGUGGCUGAGUUUUUCAGUCACGAGGGCAUCAAUGAGACCCUGGAGGUUCUGAAGAAAGCUGUGAAACUGUCUCCACACUCCUCCUUCAUGCAUUACCAAAUCGGCCUGUGUCACAAAAGUCAGUUCAACCAGAUGUCUGAGCGGAAGAGGAAGGGAGGGGUCAACGCACGCCAGAUAAAAGAGAAGAUGGAGCUCUGCAUCCAUCACUUCUCCAGAGCUGUGGAACUGAAGCCAUCCAACGUCCAAUUCAGGUUGAACCUGGCUGAGGCUUACGGAGACAACUACCAGCUGGAGGAGGCGAUGAAGAUCUUCACCAACCUGCUGAAUGAUGAGUCCCUUAGUGACUCAGACAAGCAGCAGUGCUACUCCGGUUUCGGCCUGUUUCUGUUCUUCAGGAAGAAAGACGAGGAUGGUGCUGUGACCCAGUUCAAAAAGGCCUACCAGAUUCCGAUUGAGAGUUGGUACAGGAAUAAGGCUAGGAAGAGGCUGAAGCAGAUCGCUAACCAGAAGAGAGUUGGCGAGGCCUCUGAGAUUUUGGAAUUCCUCGCCACUGAAGACAAAAAAGGCAGGAAAGCUGAAGAGCCAAGGAGAGUCGAGGUGCACUCUUCAGACACAGAUGACCUUACAGAUGCCCUAGGCAAAGGAAUGAAACUGAUAUGAUAUAGGGGAGACCGGUGAUGGUUGUCACAGUGCUAAUUACUCCCUAUUGAAAUGGCGCUGUGUAAUAAUUGGAAGGUUAAAAUUUGUGAAUUAUUUGAAAUAACAAUCCAUUUCAGAAUGACAAAACAUUGGGCUGAGCGGAAUUUAGUUUUUUUUCUUAGUUAAAAGUAAAAAAAUAUAUAAAAAAUCUCUGUAAAUGUUUGAUAUAUCAGAGUGUCCAUGAACAAUGUUUGUUGAAAAGAGGAAAGAGAGAAAUAUAUAUUUCAAACCAAUUCCUAGGUCGAGCUAACUAGCAUCUUAAUUAGCAUUGGGAGGAUCGUUGGGGAUGGUUGCCACAUGGAAUACGGGGUUGGUUGUCACUUUCAAAAUUGCAACUGCCAGUAUACAAUAAAUGUCACGCCCUGACCUUAGAGCUUUUCAUGUCUCUAUUUUGGUUUGGUCAGGGUGUGAUUUGGGUGGGUAUUCUAUGUUCCUUUUUCUAUGUUCUUGUAUUUCUUUGUUUUGGCUGGGUAUGGUUCCCAAUUAGGGACAGCUGUCUUAUCAUUGUCUCUGAUUGGGAACCAUACUUAGGUAGCUUUUUUUGUGGGUAGGUCAUUUCUGUUUAGUGUUUUCAACUUACAGGACUGUUUCAGUUAUUCUCUUGUUAAUUUUUGUAAUAGUGUUCAGUUUUAAUAAAACAAGCAUGGACACUUACCACGCUGUGCUCUGGUCCGAUGAUUCCUCUUCUUCAGAUGACGAAUACCGUUACAAUAAAUCCCAAGCUAUUUUGUUCUUGUGAUAUAAAGAGCUCCCUUCUUUGCCUUUCUCUCACAUGUUUUCUGUCACACACCAACGCGCGCACACACACACACACGCAUGUGCAAGCACGCAUGCACAUAAAAAUCCACUAUAAAUGUCAUAUGUUACCCUCACGGCAUAAAAGGCUGAAUUUUGUUAGGAAUAUCGUUCAAUCAAAGAAAGGAAUAAGCUACUAGCAAACAUUGUGACAACGAACCCCAUGGUGUAUGACAUCCAACCCCGCAAUGGGGCUGGUUGUCACAAGUGGACAGUGUGUUUGAGGGCUUGUAACUCCAUGUUGGGAUAAGAUAAGAGAAUGAAAAGGGUCCCCAUUUCAACCAGUGGUGUAAAGUACUAAAGUAAAAAUAUACUACCGGUCAAAAGUGUUAGAA